AAUUUCAGCUCUCCCCCUUGCAUUGCAUAUGCCCGUUGGCUAGGCGAAGCCGGCCCGCAUGCAUGCCCUGUUACCGUCUAGAUAUAUUUUGAACGCUACAAACAUGGUGGGAUGGGUCAUUUACAGGAUCGGUCCCGGAGCAGCGAUCCCCGCUCGUCGCUGUACACCAAAAGGACAUUCGGCUAGGAUUUCCCACCAUUCAAUCAUGAGACGGAACGGCGGCACGAAUUGAUAAAAUCGCUCCUCCGAUCGUUCCAAGCUGUGAGAUACCCUAAACAGGAACAUUCUUAAUUGAUGUAGC